AUGGCUCUCGUGAAGGUCGCCGUUGGUGCUCCUGAUGUUCUCGGAGACUGCCCAUUUAGUCAAAGGGUUCUUUUGACACUCGAGGAGAAGAAGCUACCGUACAAGAUCCAUCUCAUCAACGUCUCCGAGAAAGCCAAGUGGUUCUGUUUCGAGAAUGGCCUGAUGUCCUCUCACUCUUGGGUGGUCUGA